GGGCAACCAGCCGCCCGGGCGCAGAGGAGGGAGCGAGGGAGAGAGAGGGAGGCGGCGGCGAGGAGGAGGAGAAGCGAGCGAGGAAGAGAGAGAGAGAGAGAGAGAGAAAGGCCGAAAGCCAGCCCUUCACGGUCCGGGAUGCCCUACAAGCUGAAGAAGGAGAAGGAUCCUCCAAAAUCGACCAAAAGCACCACAAAAGCUAGCAGCAGCAGCAGCAGCAGCAGCAGUAGUGGUAGUGGCAGCAGUGGGACCGGGAAAGAUGGCAGCACAGAAAAUUCAGAAGAGGUCCAGCAACAACAACAGCAACAACAACAGCAGCAGCAACAACAGCAGCAGCAACAACAGCAGACCUCAAAUAAGCGUCCCAGCAACAGCACCCCUCCACCAACACAGCUGAAUAAAAUCAAGUAUUCAGGGGGACCCCAGAUUGUAAAGAAGGAGCGACGGCAGAGCUCCUCUCGUUUCAACUUGAGUAAAAACCGGGAGCUCCAAAAACUCCCUGCCCUUAAAGAUGCGCCGCCUCACGAACGGGAAGAGCUCUUCAUCCAGAAGCUGCGACAAUGCUGUGUCCUCUUUGACUUUGUCACUGAUCCCCUCAGUGACUUGAAGUUCAAAGAGGUGAAGCGAGCAGGUCUCAAUGAAAUGGUGGAGUAUAUCACACACAAUCGGGAUGUUGUCACAGAGGCCAUUUACCCCGAAGCUGUCAUCAUGUUUUCAGUGAAUCUCUUUCGAACACUUCCCCCAUCAUCCAACCCAACGGGAGCAGAAUUUGAUCCUGAGGAAGAUGAACCCACGCUAGAAGCUGCUUGGCCACACCUCCAGCUGGUGUAUGAAUUCUUCCUGAGAUUCCUGGAAUCACCCGACUUUCAACCAAAUGUAGCCAAGAAAUAUAUUGACCAGAAGUUUGUAUUGUCACUGCUGGACCUGUUUGACAGUGAAGAUCCCAGAGAACGGGAUUUUCUGAAAACCAUUUUGCAUAGGAUUUAUGGGAAGUUCCUGGGCCUUCGAGCAUAUAUACGGCGGCAGAUCAACAAUAUAUUUUACAGGUUUAUCUAUGAGACGGAGCACCACAACGGGAUUGCAGAACUGCUAGAGAUUUUAGGGAGUAUAAUCAAUGGAUUUGCUUUGCCCCUGAAGGAAGAGCACAAAAUGUUUCUCAUCCGGGUUUUGCUCCCAUUACAUAAAGUGAAAUCUCUGAGCGUCUACCACCCCCAGUUGGCAUAUUGUGUCGUGCAGUUCCUGGAGAAAGACAGUAGUCUGACAGAGCCGGUAAUUAUGGGCUUGCUGAAAUUUUGGCCAAAAACACAUAGUCCCAAGGAGGUUAUGUUCUUGAAUGAGCUGGAAGAAAUAUUGGAUGUCAUUGAGCCAUCUGAGUUCGUGAAGGUGAUGGAGCCCCUAUUCAGGCAGCUGGCCAAGUGUGUCUCCAGUCCACACUUCCAGGUUGCAGAGAGAGCGUUGUACUACUGGAAUAAUGAAUACAUCAUGAGUUUGAUCAGUGACAAUGCAGCCAAAAUCCUCCCUAUCAUGUUUCCUGCGCUCUACAAGAAUUCUAAAAGUCAUUGGAACAAGACAAUUCAUGGGUUGAUCUACAACGCACUGAAGUUAUUCAUGGAGAUGAACCAGAAGCUGUUUGAUGACUGCACACAGCAGUACAAAGCGGAAAAGCAGAAAGGACGAUUCAGGUUGAAAGAACGAGAAGAGAUGUGGCACAAGAUUGAGGAACUAGCCCGCCAAAAUCCUCAGUACCCCAUGUAUUGCGCACCCCCACCUUUGCCUCCUAUUUAUUGCAUGGAGACGGAGACCCCCACUGCAGAGGACAUACAGCUACUGAAGAAAACGAUGGAAACAGAGGCUGUGCAGAUGCUGAAAGACAUGAAGAAGGAGAAAGUGCUGCUGCGUCGGAAAUCAGAGCUUCCUCAGGAUGUCUACACCAUAAAGGCCCUGGAAGCGCACAAGAGAGCAGAAGAAUUCCUCACCUCAAGCCAAGAAGCACUCUGACGGGCUAGGGAGGCCCCGGAGGGUACACAGAAACGCACUUUGUUCUAAUGUAUAACUAGGGAAUGAACAUGGUGAGCUGUGCCUGUCCUCCACUCCAUUCUCAUUCUUUCAGGUUAGAUUUGAUUUUACAUUGUACCUCAUAUCCCACCACACUGUCACUUCCUCCUGCUUUAUCCUCUUAAGGUUGUGUUUGUGUGCACGUGCGAAAGGAGCCUAGCCAAUCCGUAAGAGUAGCAUUCCACACAGGAGGCAUCCCAGUUCCUGUCGUCAUUGAUUUGACUCCAGUCCCAGGACCAAAGCAGUGAGAGUUCAGGCAUUUAUCAGCCAUGCACUACUACAAGAAUGGGCUCCACAAGUGGUCUUCCAGAUACCAUUCAGUUAUUGCUCCCAUCAUCUCUUGCUGUUGGCUGUGUUGGAGCUGAUGGGCACUGUAGUCCAACAACAUCUGGAGGACCACCUGCCCCUGCACUACAAUAAUGAUUCACUAUAGCUUCCUAACACUGGCUUUGAACUCCCAUUACCAUCCAUUUUCACACGAUAAUACAAGAGCUAUAUGUGACGUUGGUUGUGCAGGUAAAUACAGGUGAUUUUCUAGGGAUCAAGACAUGCUAGGCUAGAUUUGAAAAUAAUGUAUGUUCUUCCUGUCCCCCUCUGGCCAAAUAAAUGGCUAAUUGAUAAUAGAGACUUUUGGUUGGUUUGGUUUAUAUGAAUAAGGGUAACUGUAUUUGCACUUUUUCCAUCCCAGGAAUUGUGAGGCAGUUGCAACCAUCUAGAACCACUACUUUCAGCUCUGUGAAAGUUUUCAUCCUCACAGAUAGCUAGCAAUUGGUUGCGAUGCCCUGGUAGUAUAACCGCUGCAUUAUAAGCUCACGUACUCUUUGGUUUCCUCUCUAACUCAGAACUAAAGCCAGCGUGAUUCUGAAGCAGAUUGUCAUAAUGAAGACAAACUCCCAUCCAACUCUUGGCUCCUUAUGUUCCAGAGAACUCUAAAUAAAUGACUUGCUAACAAGAAAGCUUAUUGAACACUUUCACAAACAGCUUUAAAUAUUCAGCAUUUUGGAAACAAGAGAAAUAGAUGCACAAUUAAGGAAAUUUCAGUUUCCAUUUACUGAGUAUCUAGUGUUCGGUAUGGAUUAGACCUCAUUGUGCUUGUGUUCAUUUUUCAGCUGUCCUAGGCCAAGAAGAAGUUGCUGACCUUCUUUUAGGGAGUAUAUAAAUUUAGAGGCUUCUGCUGCUUUCCCUAAGCUAUUGCACUCCUACAGAUAAUACUUGGCUUUGCUUAAUGUCCUGCCAUUGUUCACAGGCUGCUAACUAAAUUUCUGGACUUGGAACAUCAUAAAAGGGAAAGACACUUAAUCUAGCUGGUUCUUCACCCACCUCUUGCCUGUGGACCAGGAGCGUGAAAAGUACAGCCCAUAUGUUGUUGGAAUGCAACUCACAAUCGUCCGAAUCACAAUAGCCAGCUGAAAGUUCCAGUCUAACAAUCUCCAGAAGAUGGCAUUCUGCCUAACCCUGGUGUAAACUUUCCACUCAUAUCUUUAGAAAUGAGACUCUUGACAACUUUCAUUAGACUUACUAACCCUGACAUAAAAUUUCAUUUUUCAGUCUCAUUUUUAGUCCUUGACUGCUAAUUUUAAAUCUGCAAUAACUCCUUCAAAGUAAAUUCCACUGAAAUCAGAGAAAGUACGAUAUGUCUUUUUCUGCCCUGCCCAACAUCGUUAUUCUUUCCUGUUUAAAUCUUUAGAUGGCAUAUUGCCUUGUCUACCUACUGACUGUUAACUCAGUUGUGCUUUCUUGCUUAUUCUCCAUUUUAAAUAAUUUUUAUUCUGAGAACCCUGAAAUCUAAUUUCUUAGACAUACCUCUCCCGUUGUAUCUGUGCACUCUUAGCCUUUGAAAAGUGAAUGGUUUAACACCAGACAGGUGGGAAUUUCCCAGUUUUUCACACUGCUAUAGCUAAAACACAGUGUUGCUUUCUUUAAGCUGCAGAAUAGUUUGAAUUGGAAUGUAAUCACUCAUUUUAUGCCGUGGGAUAUAGCCGAUAAUUGAUGAUUAAUAUUUGCUGCUAGAGAUACCCAUGGAGCAUUCCUAUUCUCAGCCAGACAAAAAAAAAAUGCCAUCCAAGAAAGAGUUAUUUUCAACUGCUGCCUAGGUGAGGCAAGGGAUCACAUGAGUUUGGGAACUAUUUCCUCUUGGAUCCCUAGCUCCUCCUCACUUCUUUUUCCUUGCCUCAACCAGGAAAAAUGUAUAUUGGCUUCCCCACUUUUCUUUUGCUUAAAUUCUUUAUUUCUGCUUCCCUUGUCUUUUCUGCUUGCUUUUUUUUGGGGGGGGGGGGGGCUAUGGAGAGAUAAAGGAAGACUAACAUUAAAAUUAAAGAUCCUAUAAGGGCCCAAGAAGUCAUCUAUUUGACAUGGUAAGCUGGUCUGUGAUGUGGGGGAAAUCUAUUUCUCCUAGUACAACUAGGAUGAAGGAAUUCCUUGAUUUCUUACAAGCAGGCCUCAAUAUAGACUUCAAAUGUAUCGCCUUAUGGCAGGCCUGCAUAACCUGCAGGUCUCCAAGUGUUUGGAACUCCAGUCCCCAGAAGCCCUAGCCAACUUAUUAAAUGGUCAGGAAUUCUGGGAGCAGAAGUCCAAAACACCUGGAGGGUCGCCGAUAAUGCAGGCUUGCCUUACGGCAAUGAACUGCAGCUGUACCCUCCACUGUAUUAAUGAAUCAACCAGUUUCUCAUCACAUCUUCAUAUAAGGGUUUUUUUUUAAGGACUUUUGCUUUAGAUCUCCACAAAGCCUAGAUCCCUACUUGAUCCCAUAAAGAUUACUUUGUUCCCAACCAUAAAGGCACUUUUCUUUGUGGUAAUCACAUCAGCCAGGAAGGUCUCAGAAUGGGCAGCUCUCUCAAUGGGUCCUAUGGUAAAUUUGAUCCUCACUCAGUAUCCCUCUGGCUUGAUCCAGGAUUCAUACCUAAGAUAAAUUCCUCUUUUCACCAAAUAGAGCCCAUCCUUCUAUCCUCUACCAGUUCAACAACAACAACAAAACUUUAUUUAUAUACCUCUCUAUCUCCGAUAAGGACUCAAAGCUAGAGAAGCAAUGGAACAAACCUGCUAGAGAAGCAAUGGAACAAACUGGAUGUUAGGAGGGCUCUAAAGAUAUAUAUAUCAGAGGGACUAAAUGUGUCACCUCCUUUUUAUUCAACUUCCAGGCCAAGAAAGUUUCCCCACCUGCACAAUUUUGACAGAAUAAGGUUUGCAUUUUUUUUUAGAUUAAACCUUCAUAGUAUUUGGUCAGUGGUCACUUCAGCUACAUUCCCAACUAAAACCCCUUUGGGAAAGAUUUGCAGGGCUGCAACUUGGGCAACUCCUCCUACCUUUACAAAGCACUAUCUAUUAGACAAAUUUAUCUCUGCUAGGACCUCCUUUGAGAGACAAGUGUUCCAACAGGUUCUUUCGGAGCGAUUUAUUUUACUUGCCCUCAUCCCUCCCAGGAUCCAUUUCGGCUAGAGUAGUUCCUUUUCUUGGAUGGCACAUUUCCUGUUGGCUGAGAAUGGCAUAUUGAGAACUUACUGUGCAGGUCCAUUCUAGCCAAGGAGAAGGAGGCAUGCAACCCAACCUGUAGGUGGUAAGAUGUUUCCUUUCUUGGGAUCUUCUCUUUUUCCCUUUCUUGGCUUAGGACUAAACUGAAGAACAGCUAGGGAUCAAGAGGAAAUAUUUCCAAAAGAACAUAUGAUCCCUUGCCUCUCCCAGUGCUGCGAUUGAAAUUAACCCUUUCUUGGAGGACUCCUCCUUGGUUAGAAUGAACCUUUACUACAAGUUCACAUUGCCAUCCAAUGCCUCCUCUCUGGAAUACAGCACUCUGUCCUUCUUCCCACUGUUUUCUGCCACCACCACAGAUGAUCAUUUUGUGGUCACUGGGCAUACUCAGUCCUUGCUGGGCUAUUUCUGGGGGUUUUCCAUCAUAAUUUAUGUACACUUACAAAGCUUGGUUUGUGCGUGGGUGGUGCAUUUUAUUUGUGUAAUAACUAGCACUUAAGAGAAUUGAGAGAAUUCGUAUACAAGAUUAUGCUAAGCCUCCACUGUCUGCUGUCAAACAUUUGCAGUAUUUGUUCUCAAAGGUGUGCUAUCUGCCUAAUAGCUUCUUAUACCACUGAGGUUCUUAUAAGGCCUGCUAAAACUAUUACCAUGUAAGAGGUGAAACAAAAAGUGAGAAGUGAAAAAAUACAUAAGGGGAAAAUACGCUUGAUGUUCAACAUAUGCUUAUCAGUUCAGUGAUUGUAGAACAAGGCUGGCAGCAGGACUCACUAAGCCACCUGUAUUCAGCCCCGAUCUUCAAGUGCAGUUUAUCUGCUGGAAGGGAAAAAUGAAUUCGGAGUUUAUCUCUUCUGAAGUACAAUUUGUUCUGUCUUUCUUCCCCUUCCCACCCAAGACUGGGCUCUGCGAACAAGAAGGACUGUAGGAAAUCUCUUCCCUUUCCAUUUCCACACAUAUACAAUGCAGCACUUCUCUGCCAGUUACAGUUUUGCAUGGGGUGGAGCAGGGCUGUAAUUGAGCAUCAUGUGCUGUACAGCUUAGAUGUAAAUAUAGCCUGUCUAAUCUUUGUUUUGGGGUCAGGGAAUUUGUGUUUGCUACCUAACAUUAAAGUUUAGUUUGCUGCCAAUUUAUUCUGGUGUCCUAUGUAUCGAAUGGGUGGGAGGGGCUGUGGAAGAAACUGGGGGAAAGGAGUACAUCUGCAGCCAAAAUUAGCACCUAAAGCAUACAAUGUCCAGCCACUCUAUCUUAGUCCAGCUCUGUGCAAAUUUCCCCUUUGUAUUUAUCCGAGUUUCUGCUUUUACCUUCCCUUUGUUUUACAUGGAGAAGGUUGGAGUUGCCUCUUCCACUUUUUACAUAUCUCCACUCAAGAGAGGAAAAAGCAAAACUCCCUGGACACAAGUAUUAAGCUGCUUUACACAGUUCAUUAUGUACAUAUGGUGUACUUUAUUUUCAGUAGAGUAUUACAUAGUAUGACAGUGUUGGAUUUUGUACAGAUGUCCCUGUAUGUACAGAACGAAAUAAAAUGGAUCUCUUGAAAAAGAUGA